GGCGUAUGAACACUGCUGAGCUGUUGCACUGCUUUCCAAGGCGGUGGAAAAAAGUGUGUAAUUGUAAAUGUCAUCUGUCUAUAUCUCCCGUGUAGGGUCGCACUCCCUCAGAAGACCUUAGGUUGGAGGGUACAGACUGCUCAAAAGUUGAGAGACACAUUUUAAUGUUGGCUGAAAUGACACCAGGUUCAAAGCACACACUCUCAAAGAAAGGGAUUGAAAAAAAUUGCUGCGUUUUGUACAGACAACAAAAACCCAGAACUGAGAAGAUUCACCACUUUUCAGGGUCAAGGACUAAAGACCAGAGACACACCAAGUCCCCCUGCCUGAGGAGCUGUCUGACUUUUUGCUUCAAGGACCGGGCGAGGAUGGAGCACAGGGAGCCUCCGCUUGAUUCUCAUGUUGAAGGGACUGAAGGAAGACUCCGGGAACUGGCUGCAAAGUGGUUCAUAGAGACUCAAGUGCCGCUCAUAGUCCACAACGGCCUCUUCCCCACCUGGUUCCUGGGCUUCGUCACAAGAAAGGAUGCUGAAGAAAUAUUUAGAGAAAAGGAGCUGGGCUGUUUUCUGAUCCGUCUCAGCGAUAAGGCCAUUGGAUACAUACUGUCUUAUAAGUGAGUAUUGGUUU